GGAGAAAUAUGCAUGGCAAACAUCAACUCAUCCUUCACGCUGUCAACCACAAAUUUAAAAGGAGGGAGACCUAAAUAGUAUAACCAAAUUGCAAUCCACCCCUAAGAUGGCGGAAUUGUAAUAUUAACCAUUGUCGAGCCCAACAACAUAAGAGACAGCAACUUGAGAUUUUAAUUUAACCAGUCUAUAUCGAAUUUAGGGGUGACAUGGAGGAUAAAAUAAUCAGAACUGGCCUUUAUCCCUGUACAACUACUAGUCUUAUUGGAGCAGCAGAGAAUCAUCAAAACUCUGAUCAUCAUCAUCAUCCAGAUUCCCAUAGUUUGAUUGGCUACAAACCACAAUUAUUUCCCCCCAUAAUUAUAUCAAUCACUUCCUAUGAAUGGGAAAUGAAAAACUUAUCUUCCCAGUACUCAGGCAUCCUUCCAAACCCACCACAGCAAAACCGGCAACCAUCAGAAUCAAGGCUAGAAGAAAGAGGAAGAAGUCAUGAGGAGGAGCAAAACGACGACGACGACGACGAAGAAGACGAGGCAGAGGAUAACCAGCAGGAGGAUAAAGCUAGAUGCGAAUGGGAUUUCAGCCUUUCCACCGUUGUUAGUUCCGGAGCCAUUUCCGACACCCUGGGGGUUAUCGAGAUCGACCCUUCUGACCGGCUCUUGGCUACCGGCGGGAUUUCCAGAAAGAUAAGGAUUUAUAACUCGGCGUCUUUGUUGCCUUCCUUCGAACACCCAGAGAGCAGUACUCCCACGCAACUGCUGGACCACGCCACCGCCUGUGACUUUUACAUAUGUACUCCGGCGAAGCUCAGCAGCCUCCGGUGGAAGCCCGGAUCAGCCGGCACGGUGUUGGGGUCGGCGGAUUACGACGGCGUCGUGACGGAGUAUGACCUGGAGAAGAGGUUGCCGGUGUUCGAGCGGGACGAGCAUGGAGGCAGGCGGGUAUGGAGCAUGGAUUACUCACCUGGCAACUCGGUUGUCGGGGCAUCUGGGUCGGAUGACGGAACCAUGCAAAUGUGGGACCCGCGCUGUGACGGCGGGGAAUGCUUGGCGGCGGUGCAGCCCAGCGCGGCCAAGAGCCCGGUGUGCUGCGUGGAGUUCAAUCCGUAUCGUGGCGAAAUGGUCGCCGUGGGAUGCGCUGACAGCAGAAUAUACGGUUACGAUGUGAGGAGGAUGGCGGGCCCAGUGGCGGUGCUGGAUGGGCAUCGAAAAGCCGUGACGUACAUCAGAUUUAUCGAUCACGACACAAUGGUGACAUCCGGCAUUGAUGGGUCGCUGAAGAUGUGGCACGCCGGAGAUCGACGUGUCGUCAGGAGUUACACCGGACACGUCAACACGAGGAGGUUUGUGGGGCUAUCGGCGUGGAGGGGCGGUGGGCUGCUGAGCUGUGGAUCUGAAGACAACAGAGUGUUUGUUUACGAUACGAGGUGGGGCGAACCCAUAUGGGCCGGAAGAUUCGAACCGGCCCAAGGUCCUGCGGGAUGGGAAAAUGACCGGGGUUUCGUGAGUAGCGUAUGCUGGAGGCAAUUGGGAGAAGACCACUGCACUCUGGUAGCCGGUGGCUCCGAUGGUGCCUUGCAGAUUUUCUCGGGUAGACGAAGAUUAUGAUGAUUAUUUUAUCAUUUCAUUACAUAACUGUUGACCAUUUUUACUUACUCUUCAUACCAAAGGAAUUAGACAAGAGUUUUUUUUUUUUCUUUUUCCUUUCAGAAAAAAGAAAAAUGUCUUACAAGAGUGCAUUUGUAUUCCAUUUUUAUUUUCUUUUUCGACAACAGAAGAAUAAAAU